GGAUACCGGACCGUGCUCGCUCGGAGCCCCCAGACCCGGGCAUUCCCAGCCCCCAGCUACUGGGAGCCAGAGAGUGGUAAGAUUGGCACAAAAUGACAGCCUUAACAAUGACCAAGGAAGUACUCCAGGAGGAGACACGAGUAGAAGAAGAAAAUUUAGAAUUAUACGAAUCCACAUCUGCCCACAUUAUUGAAGAAACAGAAUAUGUGAGAAAGAUUCGAACUACACUAGAGAAGAUUCGAUACCAGAUAUUUAGAGAUGAAACAGGUUAUAAGAACACAAAUCGUAAACUAGAUUCAAAGCACUGUUGUCACAAUGCUGAGGAUGGGCCCCAGUCCCAGGUGGAGACCUCUCAUUACACUUUUGAUCUAAUGAUGGAGAAGAUAAAAGGCAAAGACCUGCAGCUCCUAGAAAUGAACAAAGAAAAUGAAGUAUUGAAAAUCAAGUUGGAAGCCUCAAGAGAAGCAGGCGCUGCAGCACUGAGAAAUGUUGCUCAGAAAUUAUUUGAGAGCUAUCAUAAACAGUCUGAAGAACUUAGGAAAAAGCACGAAGAUGAUAAAAAGUUACUACAGGUGAGCAACCUUGAAAAAGAACAGAAAUUCAAACAACGCACAGAAAGUCUGAAGCAAGUAACCGACAGACUUGAAGGAAAGCACAGCCAGAUCGCCGAGCUGGAAAAGCUUGUGCAGAGAAUGGAGGAGGAAAAGAAAUUAUUGCUGGAAAGAAAAGCAUCUUUGCAAACAAAGUUGGAGCACCUCAGACUGAACUCUAAGAAUGCUAAGAGUUGUAAGGACCUUCAGACAGAGAUUUCCACUCUCCAGAGGCAAAUUUCCUAUUUGCAGUUUGUGAUUCAUUCCCAACAUCAGAACCUACGCAGUGUGAUCCAGGAGAUGGAAGGAUUAAAAAAUGAUGUACAAGAACAAGAUAAAAGGAUUGAGACUCUGAAAGAAAAGGUGAAUACCCUUGAAGCUCAGAAUAAAGACCUAAAAAGCAAAAUUGAACUUUGGUCAGACAACUCCAAGGUGAAGGUAUCUAAGGGAGUCUCCACAAGUGAAUUCACGGCUGAAGACACCUCUCCCUAUCUGAUGCUAAUUAGACUACGGAAAUAAACCUUCAACAUGUAUUGGAUUAUGGGAGCUCCAGACCCUGAAAGACUCCUUAUUAUCAUGGCCUCUGUUUCUGAACAAGUUCUACUGUUUAAUAUAUUUAAAAAAACAUAGUCUAAAUGAGAAUGUUAAUUUGCUGCUGUCUCUGAUCUUCCAAAGGUUACCCAUGGGUGGCUUCUGUAAAGAAGUUUUUCCCUGCUCGGUGGGAAGAGAAUGUUCGGAGCAGUCAGACAAGCAUUUGGGGAAGAGCUCUCCUUCCCCAGUGCUGGGAUUUUACCAUCCUGAACUAAUGGGGAAAUUUGCUUCUUCCCCAU